AUGGAGUCUAACCUGCAAGGGACAUUCCUGCUGAACAACGCGCCGCUGGCUCAGUUCUCGGAGAUGAAGGCGCCCAUGUGCCAGUACUCCGUGCAGAACUCCUUCUACAAGCUCAGCCCCCCAGGGCUGGGCCCCCAGCUGGCCGCCGGGACCCCCCACGGCAUCACAGACAUCCUGAGCAGGCCCGUGGCUACGCCGAACAGCAGCCUGCUCUCCGGCUACCCCCAUGUGGCCGGCUUUGGUGGACUGGGCUCCCAGGGCGUCUACUAUAGCCCCCAGGUGGGAAAUUUUUCCAAGGCUGGGAACGAGUACCCCACCCGGACCCGGAACUGCUGGGCAGAUACGGGCCAGGACUGGCGAGGCGGGCGGCAGUGCGGCAACACCCCGGACCCCCUGAGCGACAGCAUCCACAAGAAAAAGCACACUCGGCCCACCUUCACAGGGCACCAGAUCUUUGCCCUGGAGAAGACCUUUGAGCAGACCAAGUACUUGGCUGGCCCUGAGAGGGCAAGGCUGGCGUACUCCCUGGGGAUGACUGAGUCGCAGGUCAAGGUGUGGUUCCAGAACCGAAGGACCAAGUGGCGGAAGAAGAGCGCCCUGGAGCCCUCGUCCUCCACGCCCCGGGCCCCGGGCAGCGCCGGCGCGGGCGGGGACCGCGCGGCCUCGGAGAACGAGGACGACGAGUACAACAAGCCGCUGGACCCCGACUCGGACGACGAGAAGAUCCGGCUGCUGCUCCGCAAGCACCGCGCCGCCUUCUCGGUGCUCAGCCUGGGCGCGCACAGCGUCUGA